AUCUAUAUAUAAAGGGCACCCAAGUUCAUCCUGACUCAACACUUUCGAGUCUUCAACUCGGUUUCUUAAACAACAACCCCAACCCAAGAACCAUGGUUCAAGAGAAGAAGCUAGUCGAUGAAGUAUCCGGUUGGCUAAGAGUCUAUGACGAUGGCUCGGUCGAUCGGACCUGGACAGGUCCGCCUGAGGUAAAGUUCAUGGCCGAACCAGUUCCACCCCAUGAACAUUUCAUCGACGGUGUAGCCACGCGAGAUGUGACCAUUGAUCCCGGAUCAAACCUCAGGGUUCGAAUCUACUUGCCGGAGGAAAAGGAAAAUCCCACGCCGGAAACCAAGUUGCCGGUCAUACUUCACUUCCACGGCGGUGGCUUUUGCAUCAGCCAAGCCGAUUGGCUCAUGUACUAUGAGGUGUACACCAGGCUGGUCAAAUCGGUUAAAGCCAUCGUCGUCUCGAUCUACCUCAGACUCGCACCGGAGAACAAGCUCCCGUCCGCUUGUGACGACGGCUACACCGCCCUCCUCUGGCUCCAAUCGUUGGCUAAAGGUGAGUCAAGCGAACCCUGGCUCAACAACCAUGGUGAUUUUACCCGAGUCUUCCUCAUUGGUGAUAGCUCAGGAGGGAACAUAGUGCAUCAAGUAGCUGCGCGUGGUGGAUCCAUCGACUUGACCCCGUUGAGCCUAUCCGGUGCGAUCCCGAUCCACCCGGGGUUCGCUCGGGCUCAACGGAGCAAGUCGGAGCUAGAGCAACCGGAGUCACCAUUCUUGACCCUGGACAUGGCGGACAAGUUCUUAGCCCUAGCAUUGCCCGAUGGGUGCACCAAGGACCAUCCAAUAAGUUGUCCCAUGGGGUCGGGUGCCCCACCCAUUGAGACCCUAAAUUUGCCACCGAUGCUAUUUUGUGUAGCCGAGAAAGACCUAAUGAUAGACUCCGAGAUGGAGUACUACGAAUGCUUGAAAAAAGCUAACAAAGAUGUGGAGUUAUUCAUUAGCCCUGAAAUGAGUCAUAGUUUCUACCUCAACAAGAUCGCCGUCGAUCAGGAUCCUGUCACCGGUGCAAGAACUAGUGAGCUUAUUGAUGGAAUCAAAGAGUUCAUCAAUAAGCAUUGAAAAACCUAGUUUAUCUUAUCCAAAGUACUACGGUUGUUGAUCAUAUUAAAAUCUGAAUUUUCUCACGUUAAUUAUAUAUUUUACUAAAUUGAAAAUGUCCUCUAUGAACCUUUAA